AUGGCCGGUAAUUCGCGAACUGCUGCUAAUAUCGCCACCAACGAGGGUGUCAUUAUUUCUUCCGCCCCUGACAAUGGACAAAAUACGCUCCCAAUGUUGUGGUUCGGGAUUUUAGUGGCAAUAUUGUGGAUUGGUCAUACAAACCUAUGUUAUAUCUCUGAUCCUCCUACAACUGAGUUGCUAGCUUACAGGGAAGCGCUCAAUUUAUUGUCAGCUCAAGGGUUUUCUAAAGCUAUCAUUGAUGGUGAUUGCCUUCAAUUGAUUCAAGGUUUGCAGGGUGCUCUUGUUUAUAUUCAGAUUCAGAACAGUGUAUAUGACAUCAAUUGCUUGAGUUCCCAGUGUUUGCUUCUUUUCCCCAAAGGAAACAAUGUGAAUCAUUUGUCAAUAUACUUGGAUGUUGCUGAUUCAACAAGUUUGCCACAAGGAUGGAUUAGAGAUGCAAAAAUUAGCUUUGCAGUUAAAAAUCAACUCAACAAUAGUUUGACAGUCGGAGAAGACACACGACAUGUAUUCCAAGCAUUGGCAAAAGAUUGGGGUUUCAAAUCUUUCAUUCCUCUUGGCAAAAUAAAAGAUUCUGCAGAAGGGUAUCUUGUGGGCAAUAUGCUUCUUGUUGAAGUGGAGGUUCUUGUUCACAGUAUCCAGCAUUACUCCAGGCUGGACCCUACAAAGGAAGUAGCAAGGAAUGAAACAAAACCAUCUGAGCCAGUGAUUGCACCACAAACAAACCAAGUUCCUUUAUUACAAAACAAAGUAGUUGAUACUAAAGCAAAUGUUGUAUCAACAACUGUUAUUGAAGCUCCUUUAACAACUAAACCUCUGAACCAGACUAUAGAAGGCAUUCAAACUGGUAUUCCCACCAAUGAUAAAGAGGUUAUCAAGUCUUCACCACCUCCUUCAAUGAUUGCUGAGACUAUUCCUUUAAUGGAUCAUCCCUUUGAGCCUAGAAAACCUUCCCCAAAUGUGCAUACAAUAUACAAGGGUCUACUAUAGAACUUGCAAGCAAGACUAGAACUUUGAGCAGUGAAAUCUCCAUGUCAAACCAAGCACCUAAACUUGAUGUUCAGCAACAAAAAGAAACAUUAAAAGGGUUUUUUAAUAUGUCAUUAGAGGCUAUACAACUAGCUAAUGCCUAUAGCAAUAUUGAGGGAAUUAUCGUUACACUCAUUCAACACAGUGACAAUUUGAGUGAGAAGAUAAUUCUGGAAGACCUUCUCUCUCACCUGGCAGAAUUUGGAGAGAGUGUUCCUGUGGCUAUAAACACUGCAGAAACUGCGCAAGCUCGCAGAACAUCUCUGUCAGGAAAAAACUGUUGUUCUUGAUGCAAAAUUGGCAUAAAGGCAUGAGGAGCUAAGUUACAAGGAGGCUGAAUUCUCAAGACUUUCAAAAGAAGAAGAAAAACUAGAGGCUGAAAUUCAACUCUUAAUUACCCAGAAGGAAGAUAUUGUUGCUCAUAAGAAGUCUGUUUUGGUUGAGUUGGAGAAAUCCAAUAAUGAAGCUUCCAAAGAUUUAGAAGAAUGGAAAAAUCUGGAAAGUGAAAUCAAGCAGGCUAAUGUGGAUUGGCUUGGAGCUAAAGAGAAACUAGCAUUAGCUAAUGUUCGUUGGAAGCUAUACAAGGAGGAUUUGGUUCUUGGAAAGCUUAACAUUUCGUAAGCACUUCCAUGUUGUUUCUGGGAUUUCUUAUAUCAUAUUAAUUCUCUCUUAUUUUAUCAAUCCUUGCUUUUAUUUCUAUUUUAAGUCUUGUCUUGCCAAAAUCUAAGUCAAAUGCCACUGAUUAGUUAUUGAUUACAUUUUUUUUUAUUACAAGUUGAUUA